CCUGUCCCCCGUCCCACCCCCCCGUCAACCCCCCCCGUCAAGCCCGAGCCCGUCCCCGUCCCACCCCCCCGUCAACCCCCCCCGUCAACCCCCACCCCGAGCCCGAGCACACCGUCACCGCCAACAAGCCCGUCCAGCCCCCCGCCACCGUUGUGCCCGUUCCCGUGCCCAGCCCCGAGACCUCGCAGGUCAUUGUCAGCGGCCAGCCCUCGCUCCGCGACGCCGGCUUCCUGCCCCUGCUCAUCGCGCUCGGCGCCCUGCCCGUCGGUCUCGCCGUCUUCAUGUAA